GGGGAGGGGCCGGCGGGCCGGAGAGGCCCGGGGUCAAGACGUCCGGCCUCGGGGGCCCGGGGCUGGGCAGCCGGGUCUCCCGGACGGCGCCGAGCGGGGCGAGUGGCGAGGGCUCCGAUCUCAAGGCACCCCGGCUGGGUCGCAGGAUCGUCCGCCAUCGCCACCGCCGCUGCACCGGGAGCUGGCUGGGAUGGAGCGGGAGGAGUCGCCGUGGGGCCUCGAGCCUCGGGAUGUGCAAAGUCCUGACGAAAUGGGGAGCCCCGAAGGGUCCCUCAAAGGCAACACGAGUGAGAAUGAGGAAGAGGAAAUUUCUCAGCAAGAAGGCAAUGGGGACUAUGAAGUUGAAGAAAUACCUUUUGGCCUUGAACCCCAAAGCCCUGGGUUUGAGCCGCUAAGCCCAGAAAUUGAAUCCCAAAGCCCCAGGUUUGAGCCUGAAAGCCCAGGGUUUGAGUCCCGAAGCCCUGGGUUUGUGCCCCCAAGCCCUGAGUUUGCACCCAGAAGCCCUGAAUCAGAUCCUCAGAGUCCAGAGUUUGAAUCCCAGAGCCCUAGGUAUGAACCCCAAAGCCCUGGCUAUGAUCCCAAGAGCCCAGGCUAUGAACCCAGGAGCCCAGGUUAUGAGUCCCAAAGCCCUGAAUUUGGUUCUCAAAGCCCCAGGUAUAAAUCUCAGGGGCUGGGACAUGAAUCCCAAAACUCUGGAGAUGAACCUCCGACUCCUGAGUUAAAAAUUCAAAACCCUGAACUUGAAGCUCAGAGUUCUAAAUUCCAGGAAGGUACUGAGAUACUUCUGAAUCCUGAGGAAAAGAAUCCCUUAAGCAUCCCCUUAGGAGUUCACCCCCUGGACUCCUUUACUCAGGGGUUUGGGGAGCAGCCCACAGGAGCUCUAUCCCUAGGGCCACCUUUUGAGAUGCCUACAGGGACCCUGUUGUCGACGCCCCAGUUUGAGAUGCUUCAGAACCCCCUGGGUCUGACAGGGACCCUCCGGGGUCCAGGGCGGCGGGGUGGCCGGUCCAGGGGUGGGCAGGGCCCUCGGCCUAACAUCUGCGGUAUCUGCGGGAAGAGCUUCGGCCGGGGCUCCACCCUGAUCCAACACCAGCGCAUCCACACGGGGGAGAAGCCUUACAAGUGCGAGGUGUGCAGCAAGGCCUUCUCCCAGAGCUCCGACCUCAUCAAACACCAGCGCACACACACCGGCGAGCGGCCCUACAAGUGUCCCCGCUGCGGCAAGGCCUUCGCCGACAGCUCUUACCUGCUGCGACACCAGCGCACCCACUCUGGCCAGAAGCCCUACAAGUGCCCGCACUGUGGCAAGGCCUUUGGCGACAGCUCCUACCUCCUGCGACACCAGCGCACCCACAGCCACGAGCGGCCCUACAGCUGCCCCGAGUGCGGCAAGUGCUACAGCCAGAACUCGUCCCUGCGAAGCCACCAGCGGGUGCACACCGGGCAGCGGCCCUUCAGCUGUGGCAUCUGCGGCAAGAGCUUCUCGCAGCGGUCGGCGCUCAUCCCCCACGCCCGCAGCCACGCCCGCGAGAAGCCUUUCAAGUGCCCGGAGUGCGGCAAGCGCUUCGGCCAGAGCUCGGUGCUGGCCAUCCACGCCCGCACCCACCUGCCAGGCCGCACCUACAGCUGCCCCGACUGUGGCAAGACCUUCAACCGCUCGUCCACGCUCAUCCAGCACCAGCGAUCGCACACGGGCGAGCGGCCCUACCGCUGCGCCGUGUGCGGCAAGGGCUUCUGCCGCUCGUCCACGCUGCUGCAGCACCACCGCGUCCACAGCGGCGAGCGGCCCUACAAGUGCGACGACUGCGGCAAGGCCUUCUCGCAGAGCUCCGACCUCAUCCGCCACCAGCGGACCCACGCGGCCGGCCGCCGCUGAGCCGUGGCCCCCGGCCAGCCAGGACCAGCCGGAGGAACCUUCUAGCUCCAGAGGGGCCAGCGUGCACGAAGUUCCAGGCGCCGGAGACGAAUGGGGAAAUGGGCUAUGAAGAGAGGGUCGAGGGCGCCCACGGGGGGCAGCAGGAAGUCCGGGGAGAGACCCAGAAAGGGCGAGCGGAGAGCAGGCUGGGCAGCAGGCCACUCCCCGGUGGGCGCCUGGCUCGGCAAAGGCUAGGCGGGGAGGGGGGAGGGGAGGGGAGGCUUCCUUAGAGUUGGGUAGCUUAGAUUGGUAGCUGCGGAGACCCUGGUUGCGUCAGGAAGGGGUAGAAGGGUAGGUAGGGCGGGGAGCAGGGCCUGGGCCUCAGUGCCAAACCCCAGCCUGCCUUGUCUUCUUGGGCUUGGGAGCCCCUGCGUUUGAGUUCAAUAAAAAAAACUUUUAUGUGGUGAAA